UCCUGGGAGCAGCGGGUGACAGCAGCGGAUCCGGGCCGAAGAUAAACAACACGAAAACGGACGCAAAACUGCGAAAACCACGCGGAGCUCUGCGUCCAUUCCCCCCCCACGCCAUGGGUUACGAUGUUCUGACGCGUGUCCACUUCCGCUAACGCAGCCACGUGACGGCGUGCACCUGUGAGGGCAAACGGGGUCAGCGAGCUAACGCGUGCUAGCUUAGCAGGCUAGCUACCUGGAGCAGGCUAGCUUAGCAGGCUAGCUACCUGGAGCAGGCUAGCUAGCUUAGCAGGCUAGCUACCUGGAGCAGUCUAGCUAGCUCAGCAGGCUAGCUACCUGGAGGAGCAGCCAUGUCGUCCCCCUCGUCCUCCUCCUCCCGGCGCCAGUGGUGCUUCCUGUGCGACCUGCCCAAGAUGCCCUGGACCGUGGUGUGGGACUUCAGCGAGGUGGUGUGCCGCGGCUGCGUCAACUACGAGGGGGCGAACCAGGUGGAGUUCCUCAUCGCCAGCACCCGGCAGCUGAAGCGGAGCCACGGGCUGCAGGACGGCGGCAGCGUCCGGUCGCCCGGUCCCUCGCCCCACAAGCACGGCUCCACCGGGCGGGGAGAGGCGGCGGGGGACGCGGGCACCAGGCCCCACCUGGACCGCUUCGACCGGGGCGGGAGGGCGGAGGGACCCGCUGCUCGCGUCCCUCCCAACGGGCUGCACCGCGACGGGCAGCCGCCGCCCGAGCUGAACCGCCAGAGCCCCAGCGGCAGCAGGAGACCCAUGCUGGGAGCCGCCAUCCCGCCCAGCCUGGUGACCAGCAUCGCGGGGAUCCCCCACGGGCUGCUCGCGGGCAUGCCCACGGGUCUCACCGCCAGGACAGCCCCCAUGAGCAGCACCAUGAUCUUCCCCGCCCCGGUGCUGGCCGAGAUGAGCCGCCGGCAGCUGGGCAUCGGGAUGGGGAUCGCGCCCUUCAUCACCCCGGAGCUGGAGCGGGAGCUCAGCUCGUCCCAGAACCAGCCCAAGACCCAGACCCAGGUGCACACCGUGGCCGGCAGCAGCAAGAGCACCGGCCUCCCGUCCUCGGCCUCCUCCAUGGCGGGAGGUGUGAGCCAGACGAGCCCCAAGCCGGCCUCGUCCCCGGCCCGGCAGCCGCGGCCCCUCACCUCCAGGGCCGGUGCGGAGCUCCUGGGCUCCAGCUCCUCCGCGGAGGCGGCCACCACAGCAGCAGCGUUACCCCACAGUGGAGCCUCGGAGCUGGGGUCAGCGUCCAGCAGCAACACCCUGUCCACGGGAAACACUCUGUCCUGCACCUUGUGUCAUGAGAGGCUGGAGGACACACACUUUGUCCAGUGUCCGUCGGUGCCGGGCCACAGGUUCUGCUUCCCGUGCACCAGGGUGUACAUCCAGAGCCGGAGGGGAGAUGGGGAGGUGUACUGCCCCAGUGGAGAGCGCUGUCCGCUGGAUAACUCCCCCAACAGCCCCCCGUGGGCCUUCAUGCAGGGGGAGGUCUCCACGAUACUGGGCACUGGUGGAGCAGGACCUGCAGCCGCUCCUGCACCUGGAGCAGGGUCAGGGCCCGGACCUGCUCCGGCCAACACGUCCGGGUCAGGGAGCGGAUCCGGGAACGGAGACAUCGCGGUUAAGAAAGAGAGAGAGACGUGAUGGCGAUUUCCAUGGAAACCAAGAGCCAACACAGCAACAGGCAGAGUCGUAUCCCACACCACGAGGAGAAGUCUGAUCCGGACCUCAGACAUCCAGAGGAGUAAACACAGCGACUCACAGUAAAACUCCACUACACAGGUCUUAUCUCCACCUACUCACCCCCCCACCCCACACUUGUUCAGACUGAAGUUGCAAAGGCUGCCUUCACAAAUUGUCAUUACUGCUUUUUAUUUUUUAUUUUCUAAACAACUUUGCCAACUUCUAAUGUAAAUUCAGCCAUUCUGAUUAUAUGGGAAUGUGAAAUCAAUUGUCUCGGUGCAUCCUGGAAAUCCUGAACUCCCCCUCUGGAAAAAAACAUCUCAAGUCAAAUCUUUGUUUCAGAAAACAACAGAGAUCUUUAUCAAGAGAGUGAAUGUGUAACUGAGUAUAUCUGUUAAAAAGGCCAUUCACCACGAUCACAUAUUCUGGACCAAUCAACAACUGAACAGUGGCUACUUGUGUAGAGUUCACAGAAGCUGGUCCCAACCGGUGAUUGACUUCACCAGCUUUCAGAAAGAUGUCCCACUUUUCUACAAAAAAAAGAAAAUCUCCAAGAUGCACUUUAAGAAGCAAACAUCAACACAACAGAGCUGAAUGUCUCAAUUUGUCUUUCUAUGGCCACACAUUCAUUAAUCUGUCCUGGUUUUCACACAUGAACUCCAGACAUUGUGCGAGUUUCACAACUGGAAGCUGUUUGUGUGAGACGCGUUCACGUGUUGAAAUUAUUCGUUGGAGUUCAGGAGGCCGGAUGUUAAUGUCAUGAAUGUGUCUGCUCUCCUGCUGUGAUUUCUUUUAGACGACCCCCUGCUCUACUCACACAUCGACUCGAUCAGACAAUAGGUUUUAUGUUCUGUGACCUUUGCUUUCAUGCGUUCACCUCCUCCAGGUAAUGUCUAGAAAGGCUCAGGGCGUUAGUGCGUGUGUCGAAGCCGCCCUGAGCUGGUUUUGGUUUUCUCUGCUCACGGUAGCUAGCUCUAACUGCGUCCUGUAGCUUGUUGGGGAUAUUUUCUGUUUCAUAUAACCUUUCCCAGACUCACACUUAGUAGCCAUUGUCCAGUGUUAGUUGUAAACAGUUCAGUCAAUAUUGUGUUUGCAAGAGAAAGCACAAAAUCGUCAUCGGUUCCAACACAGACAUUACAAAUGCAGUAGCCACGGUUGUUGUGUAUCUUUUCCCUCGUUGAUGAACAAACUGACCGUCUGGUCCACGGAUCUCCGAGUGUUCGUAAACAAGUCAGAAAUGAUCUGUCUCAGACAAAAAAGACAAUUUUUAAAAACAUUUGUGCUUAAUUGAUAAGAAAUUGACAGCAGCGGAAACAGCGUGUAUCUGAAACGCAGAUAAACGCUGUUUUCCGACUGAAUCCAUGUCCUGGUGUAUUUUUCAAACUAAUUGAAAAGAAAAAACUCCACUAAAACCCGACCUGCUCGUGCAAACCCACUCGAGCCGGGGACAGAAAGCCAGUUUCUCUUUGCGGUUGUUUGUCGUCCACUUUAAGUGAAGCUGACUUUGACCCAGAGAGACGAAUGUUUGCUGAGCAGAAACAAGCGGUUUGUGUGUUGCAGCAUCGAGCAGCAACACAAACUCUGUGUUUGACUGUUUGAUUCAACGUUGCUUUCAUACACGAUGCAGCCCAGCGUACGCUUUACCCCGAAUGUAUAUGAAGAUAUCUAUUGAUAGACCUAGGACUAUAUUUUUAACUAGAAUAUUAAAUGUUCUAUACUGUAUAGACCUAUAAUAGUAUGUAUGUGCAAUCCUUAGUCAUGGUAUAUGCAACAGUUUGGAAAAUGUAAUUAAAGACAAAUGCGUAUCAUUUCUUAAACCCUUUGUUUUUUAAAGGGAGAACCCACCUAAAAAGAUUUAAUACCAGUUUCUCUCAAACAAGAAAACUUUUAUUGAAUCAAUAAUCAUAAGAACAUUUAAAGUUUUAAUCUUAGACAAAAUUUGUUUAGUUUGCUUUCCUUUCCUACUCAAUAAUUACAGAUGUUCCAAUACCAUUUUUCCUUUCCGGAUACCGAUUCUGAUACCUCAAAAUAUAUAUAUACAUAUAUAUAUAUAUAUAUAUAAAAUGUACUUUAACAGCUGUAUGUUAAAAACCAAGAACUGAAAAAGCACAAAGAUGAGUAAAUACAGGAAUUACUUGCUUUGAAUAUCUGGUAAAGUGCACUUCCACCUCAGAAUAUUUCUCAAUUGUUGACAUAUUAUCUCGCUCCGCUACAUCACUGGAAAUCACUUCCUCUCGCAGCUCAAAAACAUUUCAGUGAAAAAGUUGUAAUUUCAUGAGAAUAAAGUCAUAAUUUAACACAAUCAGAGGCCUUUCUGAUGCUGGUAUUGGGAACAUCUCUAUCAAUAUUAUCAAUGACCACACACAUACUUCUAAUCCUUUGUCACAUUAAAACAGACACAUUACACAUUAAAAGAUUUAAUCUCCUAAAUUGAACAAUCCAACAGUUUAAUCUCCACAGAUUACCAUGGAUUAGUUUUUUGGUGGUUUCUCUCUUUAUGUGCCGCGUGUACUCGCCCGUACAGACGCACAAACAAACCAAAGGUCAUUUUAUGUCCAAACUGAUGUUUCUGGAUGUAAAUGUUUUAUGGUAAGAUAUAUAUAUUGCUAUAUUUCUUGGCCAGGUCUCCACCGGUUCCCUUCAUCAAGCCGGUACAGUACACAGGCCGAUGCAGGUCGACUGUACCUGUGGGAUUUUACAUAUGAAAGUCUACAGUAUUCAGCAGAAACCUAAUAUAGGCCUUCGAUACUGAGAGAAUCUCCCACUGAUCAGGUGUGUCCUCGAGAAAUGUCCUUUGAAGAAGUGGAAUUUAAGUUUAAUAUGCACUGAUACAUCAUGCAAUCCCUUGUUAAGUGCCUUUUUAAAAUGUUUACCGUCUGUGUGUGUCUCUGUAUGUGUGUGUGCGUGUGUGUGUGUGUGUGUCUGGGAACCUCAGGGGAAGUAGAGUGCAAUGGCUUUUUUAUUGUAUCGUCAAUGAUUAACCUGAAUCUGUUUCCCUUCAAUCGCCAUCAGACGGCUUUUGCUUUUAUCGGAAGCCUUUGUAAAAGUAUGAAGGCCGUCCUUUGUUUGGAUAUGGUCUCUCUAUCUCUCUUUCUCUCCCUCUCUUUCUGUUUCUAUUCAUUUGUUAUUUUAGAUCUGUUGGUUUUAUUGUAGCUUCAUGUACAAAAUAGAAACCAGGAAUAAAUGGGAUGGAAACUUG